UGAACGCAGCAGGAGAAGAUGGCUGCGCCCUGUAGAAGGAUGGCGAGUCGGACCUUGUGGAAGGUUUUAUCUCAUUUUAGCAGAACAGGCGUCAGGAUUGAAGGAUGUCGUCACUUUUCCAUCACUCCCAUUCGUGGACAGACUCUUCGGACCAAACCUGGGACGGAAAAAGCGAGUUCUCCUUGGGCUUUGAUGGCAGCGGUGUAUCUGCAGAGGCUCCCGGUUGUUUCGGCGGACUUCAGCCCGUUGGAGCAGCGCUUCAAAGACAUGCUGCAGCAGAUGGAGCUGGAGAAAAGCCUGCUGUCGGACCAUGAGGUGCGGCUGCUGGAGGACGCAGACAAAAUGAGUCGGAAGCAGGCUGGUGACUAUGACUUGGACGACGACGAAAGCGAUGACGAGCAGGACAUCAUCUUGGCUCAGGACUUGGAAGACGCCUGGGAACAGAAGUUUCAGAACUUCCAGAAAGCACCGAGGGUCGUAGCCGACGUAGAUAAAGACCUGACCUCUGUGGAGCGCUGCCUGGCCGACUCGCUGGUUCUUCUGGCCCAGCAGCAGAUGGGUGGUGAGAAGCUGUGGCUGCUGCCUCAGGCUCCGUGGCAGGAGGGAGAAACGCUGCGACAGACGGCCGAGAAAGCCCUCGCCACUGUCACAGAUGGCUUCAAGGUGACGUUUCUCAGCAACGCUCCCUGCGGGGUCUACAAGUACAAACUGCCCAGAGCUGCUCGGACCGAGAGCUUAGUCGGGAGCAAGGUGUUCUUCUUCAAAGCUAUCCUGGAAGACAGAACUCUGGCCAAAGAUCCAAACGCUGCUUUGCUUUGGCUGAAGAAGAGCGAGCUGCAGCAGUACCUGAAACCAGCCUACAUGACGAAGGUCGAUCCCUUCAUCAUCAGCCUGUGACGUUGGUCACUCAUACAAGGGACACUGACUAAAAGCUCUGUUUGUUGCUUUAUCUGUCACCUUCUGUCAUGUCAUUCAAUAAAAAUACCUACAUUUUAAAGUGUAAA